AAAACGUUACCUAAAAUAAAGUUAAAGGACCAAUUUAGCAUUCUUUUAAAAGAAAUACUCCCAUAUUUACUUUAAGCAAAAUUGUAACAAAAAAAUAAUAAGAAAGGAAAAAUUGGACAAAUUACAAAGGUAAUAGUAAUUAUUACGGCUUUGCCAUUUACCCGAGUUAUUUUUUUCUUUCUCAAAUCUCAUCGUCUUCGUUAUCCAUCGAAACUCUACUAAGUGAGUGAAAGUGAAACUAGUGGACCCCACACCUCCUUCUUCUUCUCCCUGCGAAAGAUUUCUGCAAAAUCCAAAAACCAUACACUCACUCUCAUGCUAAUCAUCUUCAAUUCCACCUCCAAUGCUCUCCUUCUCACUUCUUAAUCAUUCCUUCCCCAGUUCAAUUCACCCUCUCAAUCCCUAGGGCACAUGCACAUAUCUUAGCUUCUAUCAAACUCACGCGCUCAAAUUCUUUAUGGAAUCCUCUGUCAAUCUCGAAUUGGAUGAAUCCACAACCGUUUUGCUCGAUCAGCCUUCAAACUCACAGAAAAUUUCCACGGUCAACGGUUGCAUUGUAUACACUCGACUCAAAAGGUCUCUCACUUCGCGUGACGGUUUUUGCCAAGACGUUGAUUGCAAGAGAUUCAGAGAGAGUUCCGUGCUUCCGCUUAAAUCGGAGAACAGAGUCGAUUGCUGCAAUGGAAUUAGCGAUGGCGGCGAGUGUGGCGAUGAGCUGAAGAGCGAGCCUCGUGAAGUUAUGCUGAGAAAUUUCAAGCGGAUUACAAGAUCGGCGAUGAAAGCGAAGGUUGAUUCCGGUGAGGAGACGGUUACUGUGUCAGAACAACAAGGUACUUCCGGUAAGGUGCCGGUUGGGAAUUUCAAGCGGUUUACUCGAUCAGCGAUGAAAGCAAAUGUUGAGUCCGGUGCGGAGACGGUGAAUGAGUUAGAACAACACGGUGCUGCCAUUGCAAGUAGUGAAGGCAAUGGUAAAGUGCCGAGGAAUUUCAAGAAGAUUACACGAUCGGCGAUGAAAGUGAAGGUUGAAUCCGGUGAGGAGACUGUGACCGAGUUAGAACAACAAGGUGCUGCCGUUGCCAGUGGUAAAGGCUUCAAGCGGAUUACACGAUCGGCGAAGAAAGCGAACGUCGAGUCCGGCGAGGAAACGGUAACUGAGUUAGAACAUCACGGUGCUUCCGUUGCAAAUAGUGAAGGUGAUGGUGUAGUGAAGACGUUCAAGCGGAUUACACGAUCGACAGCCAUGAAAACGAAUGCUGAGUCUGGUGAGGAGAUGGUGACGGAGUUAGAACAAGAAGGUGCUGUUGUGGCGAGUGAUAUCAAUGGUGCAUUAGCUGCUCCGAGAAACAAGUUGGAGAUGAAGAUGUCGAAGAAGAUUGUGGUCAAUAAGAAGCCUACAACAGUCAAGGAACUUUUCCGUACUGGUUUACUUGAUGAUGUCUCUGUGGUUUACAUGGGUGGCAUUAAGAAGGCUUCCGGGUUAAGGGGUGUUAUUAGAGAUGGGGGAAUAUUGUGCUCGUGCUGUCUGUGCAAUGGACGCAGGGUUAUUCCACCUUCCCAAUUUGAGAUCCAUGCUUGCAAACAAUAUAAAAGAGCAGCAGAGUAUAUUUGCCUUGAAAAUGGGAAGAGCCUGCUUGAUCUAUUAAGAGUGUGCAGGAGAGCUCCCCUGCAUGAUUUGGAGGCAACAAUUCAAAAUAUUGUUUGUUCUCCACCUGAGGAAAAAUACUUUACUUGUAAAAGGUGCAAAGGAUGUUUCCCUUCUUCAUGUGUGGAAAGAGUGGGACCUAUAUGCGGUUCUUGUGCAGAAUCAAGGAAAUCUGAAGAAAGUUCGAAGAUUGUAGUUGGCAAAAUAAUCAGGUCUCCUAGACCAGUGUGUGUCUCCAAGUCAUCCUGUACUUCUGAGCUGCCCCUCACUUCCCAAAAAAAGAGACGCAGGAAGAAAAGAAACAAGUCGUCAAAAAGGGUCAACAGCUCCAAUUCUUCCAAGAGUGCUUCUGUGCCUGUUGUACCCAGGAAGGAAGUUACACUGAAGAUGAAAAAGAAGUCACUAUGCAUAAAGUUGAAGACUAAGGCAAUCGCUUCAAAUUCAAAUUGUUUAUCUCCGCAAAAUACGAGUCAAUGGAAGAUAACUAAGAAGGAUCAGCGGUUGCACAAGUUAGUUUUUGAGGAAAAUGGAUUGCCUGAUGGAACUGAAGUAGCUUAUUAUGCACGCGGACAGAAAUUGCUUGAAGGCUUCAAAAAGGGCUCUGGAAUUGUUUGUAGAUGCUGCAACACUGAGAUCAGUCCCUCACAGUUUGAGGUCCACGCAGGCUGGGCUUCUCGCAAGAAACCUUAUGCAUACAUUUACACAUCAAAUGGGGUGUCUCUCCAUGAGUUAGCAAUAUCUCUCUCAAAAGGUCGAAAAUACUCUGCAAAUGACAAUGAUGAUCUAUGCGUUGUUUGUUGGGAUGGUGGUAAUCUUUUGCUUUGUGACGGAUGCCCAAGAGCAUUUCAUAAAGAAUGUGCAUCUCUAUCAAGUAUUCCACGUGGUGACUGGUACUGUCAAUUUUGCCAAAACAUGUUCCAGAGGGAAAAAUUUGUGGCCUACAAUGUCAAUGCUUGGGCUGCUGGAAGGGUUGAAGGAGUUGAUCCUAUUGAACAGAUCUCCAAGAGAUGCAUCCGCAUAGUCAAAGACAUUGACACUGAGCUUAGUGGGUGUGCUUUAUGCAGGGGUGUUGACUUCAGCAGAUCUGGCUUUGGUCCACGCACAAUAAUACUCUGUGAUCAGUGUGAAAAGGAGUAUCAUGUUGGCUGUUUGAGGGACCACAAGAUGGCAUUUCUGAAGGAAUUGCCAAAAGGUAAUUGGCUUUGUUGCGACGAUUGCACGAGAAUACAUUCUACUUUGGAGAAUGUUUUAGUUAGGGGGGCUGAGAGACUCCCUGAAUCUCUCUUGGGUGUAAUAAAGAAAAAGCAAGAGGAAAAAGGAUUGGAUCCCGUCAAAGAUAUCGAUGUGAGAUGGAGGCUUCUUAAUGGAAAAACCGCUUCUCCUGAAACUAGACCAUUGCUUUUGGAGGCUGUCUCUAUCUUUCAUGAAUGCUUCGAUCCUAUUGUAGACGCAGCUAGCGGACGUGACCUUAUUCCAGCAAUGGUUUAUGGAAAGAAUGUGCGGGGUCAGGAGUUUGGAGGAAUGUAUUGUGCAUUACUAAUAGUCAAUUCAUCUGUGGUAUCUGCGGGCAUGCUUCGAAUCUUCGGCACUGAUAUUGCUGAACUUCCUUUAGUUGCAACAAGUAAUAGUCACCAUGGGAAGGGCUACUUCCAGACACUCUUUUCCUGCAUUGAGAGGCUCUUGGCUUUCAUGAAAGUAAAGAACCUUGUGCUACCAGCUGCAGAAGAAGCACAGUCCAUAUGGACAGAUAAAUUCGGCCUUAGCAAGAUGAAACCAGAACAGCUUACCAACUACAGAAAGAACUGCAGUCAGUUUGUGAACUUCCAAGGGACAAAUAUGCUUCAUAAAAUGGUGCCUCCAUGUCGAGUCAUCAAUAAUCAACCUUGACAAAUUGUUAUCUAGAAAAAGUAAGUCAUGAAAGGGAAAACCCCUAGAUUACUUCCUUCUCUUUUCAUUUCUGAUGGUUAUGUGUAUCUAUAGACUGUUGGUUACUUGAAAGCCAUUAUUGGAUCCGUUCCUGCCUAUUGUUUAAAUAGUUAUGAUGCCAUGUUUUCUAUAUCAGUUAUAUAGUUUAAGAAAACACAAGUUAUAUUGA